CUUUGUUAUUUUCAGUCGGAAACUCGCGAUGGCGUACACUCUGUCUCUUUUGUGGUUCUGUCUAUGUGUGUGUAGUGCCGCUGCUUUAUCCAGCCAGGUUAAAGAACAUACUCUGACCACAGGAAGUAAGGCGAAUGCAACAGCGUUCAUCCCUCUAGGGUCACCAUUCGUUUCGUUCAGUUCAGGCGGCGGGGGUUAUGAGGACCAACCGCCACCAGACGACCCCGGGUUACCUCGUGGAUUUUUCGUGUACGGAGAGGACAUCACCGCUGCAUUCUACACACUUCUCGACAUCACAAGGACUAUCAUUCACCUAACAGACAGGUUUUGGGAGAUGCUGCUUUGUACCUGGCGUUUCGUUUCUCGUUGUAUGGAAGUAGUUUUUUUCCUGACUCUACCGAGUUCCUCCCAGUACUGUACUCGGUUACGUGAAGGGACGAUCUUCUAUGUAAUUCCUCCCACUGGACCAGUUUUCCCUAUCCGGCUAACAGAACUAUCUGUCGAGCGCAUCUAUGAACAAAUAGCCUAUAGCACAGGGAUUCCGACGACAGCGUUCAAGCUCUUCAAGAACAGCAAAGAGGUUCGGCAUUUCUGCCAGAUUGCAAACGGUGGGUCAGUUGAGAUUACUAUCCCGCUGCUGGGAGGAACACGGAAAAGAAAAAGGACCGAUGACGUGACACCGUCGACCCGGCAUGAAAAGUAA